CUCGAGGUGUAUGAUGGCACAGCUGCUGCUGAAGUGAUAACCGUAACACCCGAUGAAAAACCUGCUGUUACUCCAAAAAGGGCUGCCACCAAAAAGUCUCGAGACGCCAACAAGAGGAAGAAAGGAGGAGAAAGUAGUUCGGAUGAUGAGGCGUACAGCGAGUACGAAAGUGAUUAUAGCGACGAGAUGCCUAACGGUAAGGCCGGGAAAGCGAAGGGCAAACGUGCCGGAAAAUCAGGUUCAGAGAAAAAGGGCAGCGGCCGUGGGAGGGGGCGCCCCCCAUCUGGGACGAAAAGAACAGAAGCUUCCGGAGGAAAAGGAACGGGCACGAGGGGAAGACCUAGGAAGUCGUGA